AAAAUAAAGAAGAAAAAGAGUUAAACCAACGGUUGAUCUUCUUCCCAGCCUUGCUUUUUAUUGUUUUCCAUUCGGCAAAAGAUUUAAUGCUUUCUUUCAUUUGCUCAGUUUCUCUCUCUUUUUUCUGUAACUCUACCCAUUCUCUCAAUGGUCGUUCAAACCGGCAUUCUCGCCCAAUGAUCCCCACGCAAGGCGGACACUACAUAUACGUGGACAGCCUCUCCAUAACUAAGAGAGAGAGAUAUUGAAGAAAAAGGAAAAACGAGACUCGACAUGGACACUUCCAUCGCCUUUUUAAACAUUUCUAUAAAAUACCAGGAAACCUUCUCCAUCGCUUCUGCCUCCCUUCCAUUCCUUCGUGAAUUCUUCGAUUCCAUUCCAGAGAUCGGGGGCCAUGUCUCUGUCAACGUAGUGCGACCGGAAUGUGAUCUGUACUCUGUGUCCCGGUGGACAGUCUACAAGAGCCUUACCCAAUGGCCCUAUGACCAUUGCACAGGUGUGUCGUCUCUUUGGCUCCCACAGUGGAGGAUGAAAGGAGAGAACCGCAAGCAAAACAAAGCUUUACUUCCCCCCAUAGACGAUGAAGUGGCAUGAAACGGUUCUUUUAUGCCCGUCAAUUGCCCCUCCAAACACGAGAUCCAGGAACAAAUCACAAAGAAUGCAGCCUAAUAAGCAGCAGCAUCGCAUCAUUUUUGCAACCCUAUCUAUGCUAUGCUACUCCCCAAGUGGAGUCUUUGAAGGCCAAGGCAGACCCGCCACAAGAACAGGUACAUACUUACUGGACUAACACCCACACGGACCCUAUUUUAUUCUUUUUCUCCUUUUUUUCUCCCGGUCUCCAGGACGACCCCGCCUCCACUUUCCAUUGGCCAUCUCACUGCCAACUCAUCACAUCCUGCUACUUAGCAGUAGUGCUCUCCCUCGGGGUGACAAAAUGUCCGACUGUCCAGCCCACUGAUUGGUCACAAUGUCAAUAUUCACUCCUGCCUAAGGAUCACUGCCUUAAUUCUUUCAGUUCCAAUAGUCCCUGUUACUGUUACUACUCGAAGUAGUAUCUAAGGGAUAAACCCAACUAAUUCUAUCAUUCAUCCAUUCCUUCACUCGCCUGACUAGAAGAAAGUUUGCUUUGCCGUUGGAUCAACAUCCCCAGCCACCGGACCAGCCACCGGCUCUGACUCCGUCUUUCACCACUAAGAACUAAUUUUUCCGGUCUGACCAAAUCAACCCCCAGAACCUCAUCGCCCGAGGUUAUACUUAGACAUGUUGUUUAUCGGCUGACUGGAACCGUGGAACGAGGGGCGGUCUACCCUUGGAUCCGGGGGACCCUUCACAUCGGUCGCCGGGAGUUGCAAAUCCGUAUAUAACUUGUUAAUCCACCAACGUUAUCUCUUUUCUCCUCCCGAUAUGUUCUAAUCUCCCGAUCUCCGUUCCCUCAAUUAGUCAAUUGCUCAAAGCAUGAACUCAGUGAGAACGUUCAGAGACAAUCGACCAAAACCCCCUCGUUUUAAAACCGUGAUCAAUCUCUUCUUAUUACGGGGGGGUUAUGGGGUAUGGGGGCAAAAGUACAGAAAUAGAUUGGGUUGCUGACCCUGCAGCCGCGGUCGGAUUGCAAAUCUUACUACCUAAGUCAUCAAGGGUGUACGCUGACAG